AUGAUCCUGGAGUAUGGAGUGACCAAGGAGGGGGAGACCUAUCCCUACAGGAGGCGGGCGGUCGCCGGCCCUCUGACCCUGAGGCUGCAAGCCUGCACCGCCUCCCGCCUAGCCGCCUCGCUAUUGGCUGCACGGUCCCGGCUGGAGCCCCUGGCCGGAGUCAACAGAAAAAUCGAUGGGCCGAGGAGCCCGAGCAGCGGCUGCGCAGUCCCGCGAGGGAAGGGCGUCGGGGGUAUCCGUGCGGGUGCAGGGGCCUCACCUGGACUGACGAUCGGCGCUGCGCUGGCAGUCGGUGGUCAGCCGGCCGCGAUACCCGCCCAGGCCUCAGCCCCUUCUCAGGCUCCAUCCAUGGCCUCCCCGGAAGCACAGGAGACUGGAGCAGCCCCGGCUGAGGGGAACCAAGUGGACGUGGGGGCUGAGAAAAUAGGAGCUCCCGCCUCGCCCCGCCAGAAGUCCUGGCUGGUGCAGCAUUUCUCCCUGCUGCUGCGGAGGGACAGGCAGGCCCAGAAGGCAGGGCAGCUCUUCUCGGUGCUCCUGGCCCUCAAUGUGGUGUUCCUGGGUGGAGCCUUCAUCUGCAGCAUGAUCUUCAACAAUGUGGCCGUCACGCUGGGCGAUGUGUGGAUCUUGCUGGCCGCCCUGAAGGCCCUGUCCCUCCUCUGGCUCCUCUACUUUGCUGCCCGCACCACCCGCCACCCACACGCUGUGCUCUACCAUGACCCUCACGCGGGACCCAUCUGGGUGCGGGGCUCCCUGGUGCUCUUCGGCAGCUGCACCAUCUGCCUCAACAUCUUCCGGGUGGGCUAUGACGUGAGCCACAUCCAUUGCAAGUCACAGCUGGAACUCAUCUUCCCUGUCAUCGAGAUGAUCUUCAUCGGUGUCCAGACCUGGGUGCUCUGGAAACACUGUAAGGACUGUGUUCAGGUCCAGACCAAUUUCACUAGGUGUGGCCUAAUGCUGACCCUGGCCACAGACCUGCUGCUGUGGGUUCUGGCUGUCACCAACGACUCCAUGCACCGUGAGAUCGAGGCUGAGCUCAACGCCCUCAUGGAAAACUUCUCAGGCAAUGACACCAAAACCUGCCUCUGUCUCAAUGCCACGGUGUGCGAGGUCUUCCAGAAGGGCUACCUGAUGCUCUACCCCUUCAGCACCGAGUACUGCCUCAUCUGCUGCGCUGUGCUCUUUGUCAUGUGGAAGAAUGUGGGCCGCCGCCUGGCACCCCACACAGACGCCCACCCCGACACCCCUCCCUUCCACCUGCACGGGGCCAUCUUUGGGCCACUGCUGGGCCUGCUGGUACUGGUGGCAGGCGUGUGCGUCUUCGUGCUCUUCCAGAUCGAAGCCAGUGGCCCCACCAUUGCACGCCAGUACUUCACCCUCUACUAUGCCUUCUACAUAGCCGUGCUGCCCACCAUGAGCCUGGCAGGCCUGGCGGGCACGGCCAUCCACGGGCUGGAGGAACGAGAGCUGGACACGCUCAAGAACCCCACCCGCAGCCUGGACGUGGUGCUGCUGAUGGGUGCCGCGCUGGGCCAGAUGGGCAUCGCCUACUUUUCCAUUGUGGCCAUAGUGGCCACUCGCCCCCAUGAGCUGCUCGACCGCCUCAUCCUGGCCUACUCGCUGCUGCUUAUCCUGCAGCACAUCGUUCAGAACCUCUUCAUCAUUGAGGGCCUGCACCGGCGUCCUCUCUGGGAGACGGCGCCCGAGGGCCUGGCGGGGAAGCCCGAGGCUGAGCCACCCCGCCGGGGCUCCCUGCUGGAGCUGGGCCAGGACCUGCGGCGGGCCUCGCUGGCCUACAUCCACUCCUACAGCCACCUCAACUGGAAGAGGCGGGCACUCAAGGAGAUCUCGCUCUUUCUCAUCCUCUGCAACAUCACGCUGUGGAUGAUGCCUGCAUUUGGCAUACACCCGGAGUUUGAGAACGGGCUGGAACAGGACUUCUAUGGCUACCAGACGUGGUUCACCAUCGUCAACUUCGGCCUGCCUCUGGGGGUUUUCUACCGCAUGCACUCCGUGGGGGGGCUGGUGGAGGUCUACUUGGAAGCCUGA